CUGUGAAACAAGUAAUUUGCGUGAUCAGACAUCAGAAUGACGUUACUCGUGAGUGUAUUGGCACUGUUAUUCUCUGUGGCGGCUGCUUACAAAGAUCCUCAUUAUGUCAACGGCCACGAUACUAUGGUCCAUCUUUUCGAGUGGAAAUUUAAGAACAUCGCGGAUGAGUGCGAAAGAUUUUUAGGACCUAUGGGUUACGGUGGCGUACAGGUCUCACCGAUUCAAGAGAACGUAAUCAUAGCAUCUCGACCAUGGUAUGAAAGAUAUCAACCAAUAUCGUACAUAUGGAAAACGAGAUCUGGAAAUGAACAAGAAUUCAAGGACAUGGUAAGAAGAUGUAACAAUGCUAAAGUAAGAAUAUACGUCGAUGUUGUGUUCAAUCACAUGACUGGGAAUCACAAAGAUGCUGUUGGAACUGGUGGUUCAAAAGCGGACACUGACAAACUCGAAUAUCCUGCGGUACCGUACACAGCUAAAGAUUUUCAUUCACGUUGCGAUAUAACGGAUUACUCAAAUCCAAGUAAUGUUCGCAAUUGUGAAUUGGUGGGGCUUCAUGAUCUUGAUCAAAGCAAAGAACAUGUAAGGGAAAAAAUUGUUGAGUUCUUGAACGCAGCUGUCGAUGCUGGAGUAGCUGGAUUUAGGGUCGAUGCAGCAAAGCACAUGUGGCCGGAGGAUUUACAAGUAAUCUAUUCGCGAAUUAAAAAUCUACGCACGAAACAUGGUUUUAAACCUAAUUCGCGACCAUACAUUUUCCAAGAAGUUAUAGAUAACGGUGGUGAGGCGAUUAAGAAGUCAGAAUACGAAUUCGCAGCAGUUACGGAAUUCCAAUACGGUCGUGAAUUGGGCAAUGCCUUAUUUGGUAAAAAUGAUCUGAAAUGGUUUAAUAAUUGGGGUGAAGCUUGGGGUCUCAUGCCCUCGAGUAAUGCUUUGGUAUUCAUUGACAAUCAUGACACUCAACGUUCCCCUGGUACACUCACCUACAAAUACUCUAAAUUGUAUAAGAUGGGUGUAGCGUUGAUGUUGGCUCAUCCUUAUGGUACACCACGUGUCAUGAGUUCAUAUUUUUUUAAUGACUUUAACGAUAGUCCACCCUCUGAUUCCGAUGGAAAUCUUCUCCCACCUAGUAUCAAUAAAGACGAUACUUGUGGAAACGGUUGGGUUUGUGAACAUCGUUGGAGACAGAUAUAUAAUAUGGCGCGUUUCCGUGUAACAGUUAACGGUACUAAGUUAGAUAACUGGUGGGACAACGGUAGCAAUCAGAUCGCAUUCUGCCGUGGCAAUCGUGGAUUCAUCGUGAUCAAUAACAACAGUUGGGACUUGAAAGAAACUUUCGACAGUUGCUUGCCUCCUGGCAAAUAUUGCGACGUCAUUUCUGGAAAUCUCAAGAACGGCAGAUGUACGGGUAAAGUGGUUGAAGUUACUGCCGAUAGAAAAGCCCACGUUGAGAUACUCUCGAACGAAGAGGACGGAGUUAUUGCUAUUCAUGUAAACGCAAGAGAAAAUUGAUGAAAGUUCCAUUCCAUUCAAAAUAGAUCCGAUUAAAUGAUUUUCUUUUUUCAGGAUUAUUUGCGAUCAUAUUAUUUCUAUCUUAAUCAUUAAUAUAUAUAUUUAUAUGAAUGUGUGUGUAUAAUCUCGUGUGAUUUUCAUUUUCUGUAAUCAGGUCAUAAAUAGGAAGACCGAUCCCGAUUCUACGAUAUAUCUUUCAACAAAUUUAUUUUAACAGAAACAAUGUACUGUUUUUUUUUCUUUCUCUUUUCACCAUUAAUUUCUACUAUACAUAUUAUGACAGUUAAACGUAAAAUAAUACACGACAGACUCGCAAUGAAAGAAAUUAUAAAAAGAAAAAGAAAAAUGAGGGAAAAGUAUAAGAUCGAAAUCAUAAGUAAACAACUUAAAGAGGAAAUGUGUGUGUGUAUGUGUGUGUCCUUGUGUAAAAAUGAGUUAAAAUAUUAGGUUUUUAUCACAAAACAGGUAAACCGGUCCUCUUUUUAUCGCGCAGCUUCGUUUCUAUCGAUAGAGAACAAUUUUCUGGCAAUACUUAUUGUUUGUUUAAUCAACGAUUUCAAUUUUAUUUAAAAAAAAUAUUAAAAUAAAAUUAAUUAUUUCAUUGUCAUCGUAAAAUGAAUAUUUUGUAACAAUCGUUGGAAAAUUAACUUUAUUUAUUAGAUUUAAUUUUGAUUAUUUAUUAGUAAUUUAAAAAAUAAAAAUUAUAAAAAAUUGAACAAUCAAUCAUUAAUUAAAUAAGUAUUGCUCGACAUUAAUAACAAAAAAUACGAUAUUGUUUUUACAUAUAUAAUGUACAAUAUAUAUAUGUAUAGUAAUAACUCUCUUAUAGAUAGACCAAUCCGCCGCACGAAAGUGUUUACUUCGUUUAUAACGUUGAAUAAAAUAUACUACGAGUCCAUUUGUAAAAGCACAAUAUAAAUAAAUGCUUAAGCAUUAUGUACAAUGAUUCUUCUUUUCUCAUUUAAGUAAAAGCCGCUGAUUCGAGUUUUCAUUAGCAACUUCAAGAUUCGCAUUAUUCUCGUGAGAAUUCAUGAUUCCAAAAUAAAGAAUUACUCUAAUUUCCAUUUAAAGAAAAUGAUUAUGCUAUAUAUGUGACAUAAAUAAAUGAAUAACAAAAUAUUAAUAAUCAUCAACGGUAUAUCAACGCAUAUUCGUAUACGAUAGUUGCAUACAUAUAUAUGGAACCUGUUUUAUAUUAAUUAAUAAUAAACAAAUUAUAUCGCGAAAGAUAAAUGUGUAAUUAAAAAUAAAAAAA